AUGACCGGCUUACCAAGAAAGGCGCCCAAUACAGAGCGACACCUCGCCACAUUGGAUGGAGACUACAAAUUUGCUGUCUACGCCACCGCCGAGCUUGAUGGACAUCGUCUGUCAGCGUUUGAACAGGAAUUGAACUCAGCGGAAUUCGCGGAAGACACGUGCAAGCUCGCGCUGAAGCCCGAUUUUGCCAACAAGCCUUUCAAAGACGUCUACGAAUACCACAUCCGCCUAAGAGAUGAGGACACGACGUUUCACCCGCUCUUUUUCAUCGUCGCAACGCACUCUGACUAUGACGUCAAGGGCGUCCUGGUCGUCUACCUCAAUGCACCGGACGACAACAAAGUUGACAUAACCCGGUGCCAUGUCAAAGAAGCCGCAAGCUGGGGGAUGGACUUGGACAUCGGUAACAUGGACUGGGAAGACCUGAAAGAGGCAGAAGAACAGGAAUGGGGAACGAACAGCGACGGCCCAAUCCCACUGAAGACCAUACAGCAUAGCAACCCGGAGACGCCCUCACCAGCAUCACCUUCUUGGCAAUACGGAAUCUGGAGUCUCGUAGAAAAAGCCAUAUAUCUUCCACCCUCCAUCGAAGCGGACCAUUACGAGAAGCCCCUCCCCCACAGACGCGUGCAGAUGGCGCGAAACUUCGCGACCGUACCCGACGGCUGGUCGGAGAUCGUACGCCUGCACCCGUGGCUCUGCAAGAACUACGCGCACAUGCAUCGCCAGGUGGGCAUAUUAGCUGACAAGCCAGAUUUCGAGGCCGACGACGUCGUGCUGUUGCGCUUUGAUUGGGACGGCGACGUCGAUGCGCACGAUGAUGUCGCGAUAACGGGACUGGGCUUGCGUUGCGAGAAGGUGAAGAGAGUGCCCGCGAGCAGGGCCGUCGAGGAGCUGGAUGCGUAUUGUCGGGAGCACGGCCUGCCGUUGCCGUACCCAGGCUGA